AUGGUCGACGCCCCUGCGCAAAAGAAGCGCCAGCGUCCCUUCAAGCCACCGAGUCGCGCGUCAAGCAGCGCCGGCCCCUCUGCCUCCGCACCCAAACCAAAGCCCAAACCCAAGCAAACGAAUUCCAAAGCAGCCACCAACAAAGCGACUUCGUUGGCCACGGCGUCAAAUUCGAACUCCCACAAAGCUCCCACACCCGCAAAGCGAAAGCGUGACGACCCUCCUCCGUCCGCUUCGGAAUCGGCCGAUGGCUCUGACGCAGACUCCGACGCGUCCGCCCAUAGCCGGGAGCGUUCUCUCUCCCAAGAACCCGAUUUUAUUCUCGCAGAGAUCAUCACCCACCAUGAGAAGAAUGAGGACGUGAACUCCAGUGAUCCUCAAAUCCCGUCAAAGCUCCUCACACGCCUGCUGCACCAUCACUUCCAGAAUGAGAAGACCAAAAUCGCCAAGGAUGCCAAUACGGUGGUUGCUAAGUAUGUGGAUGUCUUUGUAAGGGAAGCUAUUGCGCGAGCGGCCUAUGAGAGAGCGGGUGCGGAUAAUGCAGCUACGGGGAGCAGAAUCGGGGAUGGUUUCUUAGAGGUGGAAGACCUUGAGAAAAUGGCACCACAGCUCACCAUGGAUUUCUGA